AUGUUCGAGCAGGCUUAUGCCAAUUCACCUGAAUCUCUCGCCUCCAAGGAGCUGUACAUGUUGAACAUGGUUUUCGCAAUUGGAUGCGGUGUUAUUGUUGGAGAGCCUAUCAAAACAGAAGCAUCCGGCACGGCGAAAAUCGACACCCAGUCGGGAAAGCGUCAGUGCGAGCCUGAGGAGUACCAUGCCAGCGCCAUUGUUCAUCUCGAGUCUUGCCUCAGCUUUAGUGGAGGAGGCUUGGAAGUCUUGCAGGCUGUUCUCCUUCUCGCAAAUUUUGCACUUCUUCGUCCAGUUCCUCCAGGCCUAUGGUACAUCACCGGUGUAGCGGUUCGCCUUGCCGUUGAUCUUGGAUUGCAUUACGAAGAGGGUGGUGAAGCAGAAAACUCCGGGCCAGAUGACCCGGCAAACGAACAAGAAUCAAGCACUCGAGAGCGCGCACGGCGGCAAUAUGUACGAGACAUGAGGCGGCGACUAUGGUGGUGCACCUAUUCAUUCGAUCGACUGGUCAGCACAUGUGUCGGGCGGCCAUUUGGUAUUAGUGAUCAGGUCAUCACUACCGAGCUUCCUUCUGUAUUGGACGACGACUAUGUUACUCCCACGGGCUUCAUCGACCCCCCGGUAGACGACGAACGGCCGAGCUACAAGCAUGUCGCCCAUCACUACUUCCGGCUUCGGAUGCUCCAAUCGGAAAUUCUCCAGGUUCUACAAUACAACCAAGCCCAACUUGCACGCCAAGGCAACCAGGUACCUUGCUAUCCUGAGAUGCGCAACCACACGCCGUCACCCUUCCUUGUCAAAUUCGAUUCAUUCCGGUCUUGGAGAAGCGACAUUGACAAACGUCUCUACCACUGGAAGUCAUCCGCGCCGACGAGACAAGAGACUGGUGUUGCAUUCUCAACCGAGUUCCUCGAGCUUAACUACUGGCAGGCUAUUAUUAUGCUUUACAGGCAGAGCCUGAGCGUCCCAGCCAUGUUCGAGGGAGAAUACAACACUUCGAAUGAGGUCAAUAGCCCCACGGCCUUCACCGCGGAGCUCCGAGAGGACGAAGACCACAUUUACCUCAAGGUAGCGGAGGCAGGACAGAAGAUCCUGCGCAUAUACAGACAGCUCCAUCUGAGCGGUCUUGUCAGCUACACAUACUUGUCGACUCAUCAUCUGUUCAUGGCUGGCAUUUCGUACCUGUACGCUAUUUGGCAUUCACCCUUGGUACGGAGUCGACUGUCCAUGGACGAGGUUGAUUUCACAGUUUUAGCAGCCAAGUCUGUUUUCACGGAUAUGAUUGACAAGUGCCCACCGGCUGAGACAUGUCGAGAUGCGUUUGAUCGAACAGCCAAGGCAACAAUCAAAAUGGCAAGCUCAAACGGCGGUUUCGGCACGAUGAACCCUCGACCGCGACGACAACGCAGAGAGACGACGACCUGGGUUACGGCCCCUGUGCCUGAGUCGAUGAAGUCGGCUUCGCACCAGCGAUCUCAGACGUCGGAUAGUCAAAGCUACCAAUUCGACUUGGCCAUGGGAGACAACAUAUCCUCACCGGGCAUAUCAGGAGGUGCUCCCUCGACGCAAACCACGCCACCACUGACGAAGUCAAAGACGUUUGACAGCGAUACUCUCAUGUCCGAGCCACGACGACACAGCGGAGGACCGAGUCCCGCGGACGGUUCGAUCAGCCAUGACGGCAGCUCCAUGGACGCGAUCGUUCGGUCGCCUCCGCUGCCUCGUCGCAUGACAACACAGGGAGGCAACAAUACGUUCAUGGGCCAGCAGUUUGGCAUGCAAGGGUCGAUGGAGUAUCCGGACAGCCAGACGAUGGAGUUCCUGCAGACACUUGGGGCCACGCCGAACGGGGAUUUCGCCGCCGUCGACCAGGCCCAGCUCGAUCUCGGGUUCGGGAUCAACUGGGAGGGGAUGCACAACGACUUUAGCGAGGGCGGACACAUCAAUCCGUUUGACACGUUCUUCUUCGGCGGACAGCCGAACGCGGGGAAUAAUGCUAAUAACAACAACGGGCAAUAG